GUGGGACAACUUAAUUAACAUGGGUUCAGAACGAUUAAACUCAUAGAAAAGCCAAAGAGAAGACCCACCACCUUUUUUUCCCAUCUUCUUUGAGACUUCGUUCCCUUCCCACCACCUGUAAAAGUUGUCACCUUUUGCAGUUCAAAUAGUACUCCUACUACACUACUACUAUAGCUAUAGUUUACUACUACUACUAAUUUAACUCACAUUUUUGUGGGAUUUUAUUUAUUCUUCUUUUCUACAAAAUCACCCGAAAAAGUGCAGAAAAAUUACAAAUAAAAUGGUUUUAUCACCUAAAAAGAAUAAAAUUCUUCCUAUUAAUGAAGUUAAUGAAAAGGUUGAAGAAGAUGGUAAUUCUAAUUCUAUGGCUAUGUCAAGAAAAGGGAUUUAUGCUGCCAUUUCUUACAUGUUAUGUGCUGUAUUGUUGAUCAUGUUUAACAAAGCAGCUAUGUCUUCUUACAAGCUCCCGUAUGUAAACGUUAUCACCCUUCUUCAGUUGAUAUGCUCGUGCUUUUUUCUCUACGUAAUGAGACACUGGAAGAUCAUUUCAUUCACAAAUGAUAAAUCGCUCAAAACUUUUGACAAUCCAAUCAUUAUUGUACCCUUCAAGACACUAGUUCAGACCCUGCCUCUUGCGUUCUCAUACUUGCUAUUCAUGCUGGUUUCGAUGGAAUCUGUUCGUGGUGUAAAUGUUCCUAUGUACACAACUCUAAGGCGUACAACUGUGGCUUUUACUAUGGUGGUCGAGUAUCUAGUGGCACGUCAAAAGUAUUCUCUUCGUGUUCUUGGCAGUGUGGCUAUCAUCAUACUUGGUGCAUUUGUAGCUGGAGCACGAGACCUCUCAUUCGACUUCUACAGCUAUGGUGUUGUGCUCUUAUCAAAUCUUUGUACCGCAGUCUAUCUGACCUCAAUUGCUCGUCUUGGAAAAUCUAGUGGCCUAAAUACAUUUGGCCUCAUGUGGUGCAACGGAAUCAUAUGUGGACCGAUUUUGUUGCUGUCAACAUUCUUCCAAGGUGAUCUUCAGAAGUUGAUUAGCUUUCCUCACUUAUCAUCCCCCGGCUUUCAGGCCGUCAUGUUUCUUUCCUGUAUCUUGGCAUUCUUCUUGAAUUACACUGUGUUCUGGAAUACAGCCCUGAAUUCAGCACUCACACAGACUAUAUGUGGCAACUUGAAGGAUGUUUUUACAAUUGGACUUGGCUGGCUUUUAUUUGGCGGCCUUCCAUUUGACUUGUUCAACAUUCUCGGUCAAGGCACCGGCUUCCUCGGUUCUUGUUUCUAUGCCUAUUGCAAACUCAAAGGAAAGUAAGGGUUUUAAGGUAUAGGUACCAGCACUCCAGCAGUAGUUCUAAGAAGUCACCUAUGUUACCUAGAUUUUGUUUAAUUUGUGUCCAAAGGUCGAAAUUAAUGAAAAUUUCAACUAUUUUGGAGUAAAUUGUUGCGAUGCGUGCGCAACAACUCUCCUUAUUUACAUACACAUACACAUGUUAAAAUGUUAAUGUUUAUUAUGAUACUUAAGGUGGAAUGAAAAGUUUGAGUAAAAUAGGUCAUCGUCAUAGUUUUGUCACUAGACCUACCAUUAUACAUUUACACUUCGUGUGAUAUAUAUAAAUUUAAUUGCAUCAUAAUGCCAAAGGCGGCUUUUGAUGCUUAGAUAA